UAUCUUCCUAUGUCUACCCUCGUGGCGGGAGUCAAAGCUGGUCAACUCCAUCAAGGUCACUUCAACAUAACUACCUCGUGGUUUGUGACGAAUGCCUCCGCUCAUGCCAGUGCCGAUUUCUUCCAGGGUAACGUUUCUUUCCCUGCGUUCACUGUCCUUCUAGUUGGCAGGGAAAACAUGAACCGAGCGGUUCAGGGUGAUGUCGUGGUGGUCGAAGUGUUCAACGAAAGAGAAUGGAAAGCACCGACUGACGAGGUUAUCGACCACUUUUAACUCCGGCAGUGUUUUCCGAGAUACCUUCGGGCACUAAGGCCUAAGGUCUUGCAAGCCCAAUCUAUACACAUUUUACCAGUCCUAUCCGUCGCUUCGCGGAUAUCCUCGUGCACUGUCAGCUUGCUGCCGCUAUUGGGUAUACACCACUACAUCCAUCUCUUCACUCCAAAAUGCACGUUGAGCGCAUCGUACAAGUAUACUAGUAAGUUGCACAAAAUGUGUGUGGCCUGUAUACACAAUACAAAAUCUCUCAGGGCACCGCCUUUCAC